UCGGAGGCAGCGGCGCGCUCGGCUUGGGCAGCAGCAGCAGCAACAACAACCACGUCUUUCUGGCCGCCUCGCCGUUGCGGCUGAGUCCGGAGAAAAUGACGGACGCCCUGCUGCCCUCGGGCUGCCCGGCGGCGGACCAGAGGGGAGACUGCUAUUUCCGAAAGGGAUGUAACCCUUUUGCGGAGACUGGACGGAGCAAAUUGCAAAAUCAAAGGGCAGUCCUGAACCAACAGAUCCUGAAAGCGGUGCGAAUGAGAGCUGGCGCUGAGAACCUUCUACGAGUGACAACCAACAACAAAGUGAAGGAACAGGUGCUUCUUGAACUCAGUUACGUAAACUCAGAUCUGCAGAUUCUCAAGGAAGAGCUGGAAGGACUCAAUAUCUCCGUCGAGGUCUAUCAGAACGCUGAGGAGGCUUUUAGCAUUCCUCUGAUACCGCUUGGCCUGAAAGAGACCAAAGAUGUUGACUUUGCCAUCCCUCUGAAGGACUUUAUUUUGGAACACUAUAGUGAAGAUGGUUCUGAAUAUGAAAAUGAAAUUGCUGAUCUUAUGGAUUUGCGACAGGCCUGUCGUACCCCCAGCAGAGAUGAAUCUGGAGUUGAGAUGUUGCUGAGCUAUUUUGUUCAGCUUGGCUUUGUAGAGAACCGAUUUUUUUCACCUAGCAGACACCUGGGGAUUUUAUUUACCUGGUAUGACUCCUUCACAGGUGUCCCUGUCUGCCAGAAAAACUUGUUGCUUGAAAAGGCCAGUAUUUUAUUUAAUAUUGGAGCUCUCUACACGCAGAUCGGUACAAGGUGCAAUCGGCAGACCCAGGCCGGGCUUCAAAAGGCAGUCGAUGCUUUUCAGAGAGCUGCAGGAGUUCUAAACUAUCUAAAAGAGACUUUUACUCACACUCCAAGUUACGACAUGAGCCCCGCCAUGUUGAGUGUGCUGAUCAAGAUGAUGCUUGCUCAGGCUCAGGAAUGUGUCUUCGAACAGAUCUGCCUUCCUGGAAUACGGAAUGAAUUCUUCACACUAGUGAAGAUGGCCCAGGAAGUUGCAAAGGUCGGAGAAACGUACAUGCUUGUUAACAUAGCAAUGAACCAAGCGCCAGUCAAGGAGAACAUCCCUUACUCUUGGUCAAAACUGGCCCAAGUCAAAUCGGACCAUUUCAGAGCUUUGGCACAUUAUUUUGUCGCAACUAUUUUGAGUGAUCACCAGAUGCAUCAAACCGAUGACGAAGACCAGCAGGAAAAGGCUUUCUCCCAGCUGUAUGACCACAUGCCAGAAGGAAUGACACCCUUGGCCGUUUUAAAGGACAGUGUUCAGCGCAAACAACUAGGAAAAGCCCAUUUGCAGAGAGCCAUUGUUUAUCACGAAGAAGCCUUAAGAGUUUGUGGAUUAUGCAGAAAGCUCCGGAAUAUAGAUGUACUCCAGGAAAUUCUCUUAGUCGCACACAAGCGAUCCCUUCUCAAAUAUUCACAGCAGGAAUGGGAAGAUGUUUUCUUGACUUUGGUGCAGGCCCUUGAUAUCCUUCCUAAGACAGACCAUAAAAUCGAAAUGAUUGCUCCUCAGUUCUCCAAGGUGAAAGUCAAAGACUUAUUCGAGAGGCUGGGUCCUCUUACAGUGUUUUCGGCAAAACAGAGGUGGACUGCUCCCCGCACCGUUCGUUUCCACUGUGAAGCUGGGAGUUUGGGAUUUACACUGAAAGGAGGCCCACCUGUUCAUAUUUACUGUCUUGAUCCAGUUUGUCCUGCAGCAUCGGCAGGUCUGAAAGAAGGAGACUGCGUUGUUGCCAUUGAAGGCAUGGACUGCAAAUGGCUGGGCACAAGCGAGGUCUUGGAAAAGUUCCGAAACGCAAGAGAUCAAGAUAUCGAGAUCCAAGUGGUUAGCUGCCAAGACUCCGCAGCUUCCAUGCAUAACAAAAGUGCAACUUAUUCUGUGGGAAUGCAGAAAACGUACUCUCUGAUCUGUCUGGCCAUGGAAGAAGAAAAAAUACAUAAGGCCAAGAAAGUGACUCCUAAACUGUCCUUUUUGAGUUGGGGCACGAAGAAUAGGCAGAAAGCAGCCAGCACACUCUGCCUUCCUUCAAUCGUAACUGGAAGCUCCCCAGCAAAGAAGAAACUUGCGUCUCCGUUCACGCUCCUGAAUACGGAUAGCUCGUUGUACUAGGACUUGAAAAGGAGGCUUCUUUCAUCUGGGAAUGUUUUCUGAAUGGGUGCCAGAAAUCUGAAAUGUAACCUUGGUUAUAUGAACUAGCCCCAGUUAUAUAAGGCAGUGCCAACUCAAACCUGACCCACAUGGUGUAAUUUUUGAGGAUCCUGUACCUUGCCUGCUGGUGAAGCAAAACAUCUUCAUUUAGGAGAGAUUUGGGAGUCUUUUGUUGUUGUUAUUGUUGUUGGAGAAAACAAAAAUGAACGUGAUUGCUACUGGUUGCGUUUGGAAUUUCUUUAUGGGGCUCCAUCCUAAUUAUAUUUGUAUUUUUUUAAAACUACAGACAAAGCUGUUUUAUUGCACGUAAUACGUGUUAUAGUGCUGCAAGGACUAUGAAGGAUUUUCAAAAUGCGUCAAUAACCCAUUACCAGUGAUGAACAGCAGUUUUCGAUGAAGGCGGAUUGAAUGUCCCUUGUCCCCUUGCAGAAAUAGGAUCUCAACGGUUUGACAUAAUGGCACCGAAUUAGGGGUGAUUCAUUGGUUGUUUACUUUGGAGUUGGUUACAUUGAAGUCCAACCGGAGCUCAGUUAAUCACCUGGUGAGGGUUAUAAAUUUUCAUACCUGGACAGCACCAAACUCAAGUUAAGCUGCCCGUUGGAAGGUUUGGAUAGAGCAGGGUUUUUUUCAAAACUGCACAAGUCUCCCACUGAAGAACAUUGCAUCAUCUCGGGUGCACUGUACAAAUUACGAGAGCUCCAGAGGAGCUAUUCUUUGGGUGGUUCCUUUUGCAGAAUUGCUGUAAUGCUUAGAGGCACAUACUACUGGCUCCACCUAAGCUGGGCACCAGUGUAUAGCAAACUGGAAGAGGGAGGCUGUGUGCACUGGCAGAACCUAUCUCUCGUGCUUCUCCUGGGCUUCCAUCUAAAACCAGUGCUCCAGACAGCUGUCAGUUAAAUUUCCCACCAUUUCCAUGGUGGUUCUUUGUUGAGGGCAUAUGAGAAAUAAAAAUGGGAAUUGCUCGGUGCUGAUUAGAUGCCAACCUACUAGUGAGGCUCCCCGGAGUGCGCUCUGUUGAAAACCUUCUCAAACCUGGCACUGGUCAUGUUACAGGCCUUCCAAGAGCAGCACUGCAAAGUGGGCCCCACAGAAAAAGCAGCUUCUGUGGGGCUGUAAUGAGUGGAGGACACUGGUCAAAGAUGCUUUAUCAGCCUUCCCCAGACUGAUGCCCUCAAGAUGUUAGGCUACAAUUCCCAUAAUCCCUCAGGAAGGUGCCCGGUUGCUAAAAAGGGGGGGAUUAGCACUCGGUCCUAAUAUUUCAGAAUCCAGCUUCAUCCCGUUUACACAGCAAACAGUGCAGUUCUGUGCAUGUGCCAAGCUGAACAAUAACUAUGUCAAAGAAGGCCAUUUGCAGUGACAGAUUAAAACUUUAAAAAUGUCACAUCGUGCUACAGCGAAACCCGGAUGGUAAGGAUAAGCGAACCUGAGCGGCCAUGCUUGGCCCAAAUCAAACCUCCCCAGCGCCUGCCAAGUUUCACUUUAAAUAAUACGUAUCGUUCAGUCACCUCUUUGAAAAGGCUGCCAUCCGUUGAUGAUUUCUGUAGGGCUGCCAGGCCUCAGAUUCCAUUCCAAAGAGCUUACACUGUUACUCCCUACUACGCUUUAAGAGAAAUGUAGGAAUUCAUUGCUAAUUUAGAUACUCAUCCAACUGGUAAUGUGAUACUCCCCUUCUCUCCAUAAGUUUUAUUGCUGCUGUUCCUUUUUGAAGUUGCGGGUUGCUAACACAGUAGUGUUAGACUGAAAUAUUGUCUACAGGGUAGAUCUUACAAUGUUUGAUAGUCAAAACAUUUUAAGCAGAUUAAAUCUGAGCUCCCAUUUGAACUCAUGGGGAAAGAAACUGCAGUUGAAUUAGGAUGGUCUUCCUUGAUAGGAAACUUUACGAAAUAUUUCAAGUGGAAAGUUGUUGGGGUUUUGUAUGGGCUUUUUUGGAAGGUCCGGAGGAUCAACUUUGUACUAACUUGUAUUUCUUUUUUAGGCUUUUGUGUUUAUACAUGGUAGAUGUAAAUAUAUAAUUUUUAAAGAUUUAUUUAAAAAAUGAGUCCUGCAGCCAACUUCUGGUGAGGAACAACUUUUUGGUUUUUCUGUCUCAGUUACAAACAAGAUGAGACACUCUAACUCUUCUUGACUGUUGAAGUUUGUAUAGAAUGCAAUGCAGAUUUAAACCAGCUUGCUUUAGAACUACCCUUCUGUGAAAGUGAAAAAAAAAAUCAUAACUAGCAGCGGGUCUUGAUAUGGUUUUUGUUGUGCAAUACCUGAAUCGACGCUGUGGAAUUAAUCCUAGCAGAUUAAUAAAAAUGUAUGU